AUGAGGGUCUUAUCAUUACUGGUUUCUUUUGCCGCGGCGGUCUCUGCACUUGCUGUACGACAGACUGAUGUCGCCAAGGAUCUGGAGACUUUGGUGUCGUCGCCAUCUUCGGUCAACGUCGAGGUUCGAGCACGUUGGAGUGACUACAAUGCUCCCCUUCCAUCGGUGGUCGUCAGGGUGAAAACCGAAAAGGAUGUAGCAAGUAUAGUCAAAUACUGUACGAAAACUGGGAUACCGUUCCUUGCACAGAAUGGCGGCAUCGGAUGGGGAAAGACUUUCAAGUUGGGGAAAUGGGGUGUCCUGAUCGACCUUGCCAAUCUCAACAAAGUCGUUGUCGCUGCAGACAAGAAGACCGCCACUAUCGGUGGCGGUGCAAGCAUCGGAGACACGAUUGCAGCAGCGAAUGCAGCAGGUGCAUUGAUCAUCACCGGAAACUGUAACUGCGUUGGCGCUCUAGGUGCGAUGCUCGGUGGCGGUUAUGGCAAUCUCAUGGGCGAGGUCGGAUUCGGAGUUGACAACAUCAUCUCCAUGCGAGUGGUCAUUGCAUCAGGCGAAAUACUUACCGCAUCAGCCACGUCUCAUCCGGAACUGUUCUGGGCACUUCGGGGGGCAGGACCCAAUUUCGGAAUCGUCGUUUCAGCAACCGUCGAGGCAACGCCCGCCACUAAAGAGGAUCGCACAGCAUACAUCAACAACCUUUUCUUUUCACCCAACAAGCUCGAGCAGGUUGCGCAAGCGGUUGAAGACCUCCCUCUUACGCCCCAACAGCGAGUGUACCUUGUACUGACCUCUAGUGGGGAACCACUCAACGAGCCCUCUAUCCUCGUCACUGGGUUGCUUCGUAAAGGCACGAACGAAACAGGCCGCGAAGCCUUCGCCCCUUUUUACAAUAUUGGCCCCAUUUCUGAGUCCAGCGCUAUUACUACGUACGACCACUGGAAUGAUGCCAACAUCGGCUUUUGUACUCGCGGUGGUCGUAAGCCCUCGUACAGCUCCACCAUCACGGGCAUGAACGCGCAGAAGUGGCCCGAAAUCUGGGAGCUUUACAAAGGCUUCCAGGCCAAAGGUCCGAACUCCGCCGUCCUCAUCGAGCGCUACAAUUUGACCAAGGCCAUGUCGGCACCCGUUGGCUCGGCAGCAAUGAAUGAAGCACUCAGGAGGGAUGCGUUCUCGCAGGCUAUCGUUAUACCGUGGUAUGAUGAUGCUGGCCUUGAUACCGAGGCCUUAGAAUUGGGAAGCAAGGUCAGGGCUCUUUGGACAAGGAGCGAUAAUCCCAAAAAUGACCCCACCUAUGCCAACUUCGCCUUUGGCGACGAGACGAACACUGCUAUCUAUGGGUCCAGUCUUCCUAAGCUGAAAACACUCAAGAAGAAAUAUGACCCGAAGGGAGUGUUCAGUCAGUGGUUCCCGAUAAAACCAUAG